AUGAACGGUGUAUCGACAGUGAACAACGCAGGUGAAGAUGGUCGAAACAGCACGAAGACAUCAUCGGCAAACAGUUCGGCCAGAGCGCAGUCAGUUGAUGGAGAUGAUGGGAAGCGAUUGGAUAAGGAUGACGGGCAAGGUGGCGGCGAUGUGAAUGUGAACAACGAAAGUGAGAAUGUGGCUUCGAUUAAAAUUCAACAAACGAGUGAAGUGGCGGUGCGUGGCACCGAUCAAAAUCAAUACUCUGAGGGUCAUUUGGAUACGUUCAAUAAUCGAACCCUCGAAUCGAGAGCGCUCGAGACUGGUGAACGUCGAGAGUAUUUGACGACUAAACUCCAGAAGGCUUUGGAAACAGUGGCACCGUUACUUCGCGAGAUUAUGACCGAUUUUCGUUCGUUCCUCCAGCGAACUCUUCUUGGCACACACGGACAAGAGAUUAUGAAUGAUGUGAAAGGUUUCUUUAACUUAUCUUCUAGGAAUGACAGUUUGUUUUCAUCUUAA